AUGUCACUAUCAUCACUUGUCGAUAUCAAAAGUCCAGGUAUUACAGGAUUCCACUUCACACAAUUCACGUCCUGUUUGUGCGCUAAAAUUUUUGUUUCCAAUUCAAAAGUUGGCUCAUUUUUUUUAUUAGAUGAUUCAGUUUCCUUAAAUAUUCUGAUGUUGUCAUCACCACAAGCAGUUGCAAUAAGUCCACUUGCAGAAACCAGAAUGUCAAGGUGUGGAUGCCAAAUAACUUUUUUCACAUCUUGUGUGUGUGCAUUCAACACUGCUGCACAAUCAAACUCCUCACAAUUUGCUCCGAUGUCCCAAACCCAGACAGAUUUAUCUCGACUGCAAGUAGCAAGAAAGUUACCCGUUACUGACCAGGCAACACUUUUCACUUCAUUUUCAUGCCCUUCAAGGGUUGAAUUACAUUCGAAUUCAUUUCCUUUCUUAUCCCAAAUUGAGAUUGUCGCAUCAAAUGAAGUUGAAGCAAGAAACAUUCCACAAUUCGAAAAUGCUACAUCUCUGAUUGUUAAAAUCUCACCUGAAGGAUGCCAUGAUGCCGACCAUACUUUACCUUUAUGUGCUGUUAAUCUUUGCACCACUUCUAAUUGUCAAAUAGAUUACCAAUUUAGUUUACAUAAAAGUCGUUGAUGCCAUAAAAUACUCAAAAUGUGUAAAUAGGUUUUAAGAUCUGCUUGGUGGUGCUCGAGUUGGACGAGCUGUAGAUGGUGGCACACGUGACUUGGUUGUUGUAUUAUUAUUAUUGGAAGGAGCUCUUGUUGGAAUUCGUGGUGGAGCUCUAGUAAUCGGAGGUCGAAUAGGUGGUCGUGGAGUAGCACGUGUUGUUUUAGAAGCCUUAGUCGUGGGUGUAGCUCUCGUUGGAGUAGGACUAUUUGAUUCACAAACUAAUGAAUCAGAAUCAAAAAUCAUUCCUCUAGGACAAUUUCCUUGAGUUAAAACCCCAUUUGAACAAUGAAGAAAACUUGUUCUUGAAUUCGUAACAGGAAAGAAAUUCUAAGCAAAAACUUUUCAUAUAAAUAAUUUGAACAUUGACAUAAAUAAUUUCACUUACGCCCUCCUGUUCUGCUGAACAGAGAUUCUUUGAAUCUUGACUUGAAGUUACUUCUUCUAUUCUUUCACAUACAUUGUCUCUUGGGUGAAACUCAAAUCCUGGAUCACAUUGUCCUGAUAA